AUGGCUUCCUCAAAGAUCUUCACCAAUGGCCGAUUCCUCAACGACACUCAUACCCCUCACAAGGAAUGUAUGAUCACGCAAGGCUCCAAGAUCGUAUACGUCGGUCCAGAGAAUGAUCCAGCAGUCGAAAAGGCAAAAUCUGGUGGUGCUGAAAUUCUGAAUCUCGACAAUCGAGUUGUCCUCCCUGGUUUUAUUGACAGCCACGUCCAUCUUUUGUACUUUGGUCUCUCGCAGCAGAAACUCGACCUUGGAGGAUGCAAGUCUCUUAAGGAAAUUCGACAGAGACUUUCCGCUUACGCAGAACGUAAUCCCGAUCUGCCGCACAUCCUUUGUCGAGGAUGGCUACAAUCUUCAACCGACGGGAUUGCGCUGGCGAGUAUGAUCGAUGACAUCGACCCAAGGCCAAUUUUCAUCGAUGCCAAUGAUCUUCACUCAACUUGGUGUAAUACCGCUGCUUUGAAUAAGCUACCCAUGGAAGAGAUGAAAGCUAAAGUACUAGAAUGUAUCAGAUGUGAUAAAGACGGUAAUCCAACUGGUCUUCUGGCAGAAGCCGCUAUUGUAGCCUUCAUCUGGCCGUUUCUUAUCCAGUCGCUCUCCAUGGACGAGAAGUUGGAGACGCUUGAGAGAGCGAUUGAGGCCUACUCUGCAGAGGGAUACACUGGAGUUAUCGACAUGGCCAUGGAUCCUGUAGCCUGGGAAGCCCUGCAGCUACUGCGAGAAACAAAGGGAAUUAAUCUCCAUAUUGCAGCACACUGGUUUGUCCCUUACGAAGCAGACCAGAGUCUCCAAGAUAAACAUAUCCAAGAGGCUAUCGAUAUGCACAACAAAUUCCACCCCUCAAAAUCCCCAGACUUUUGUAUCGUGGGUGUCAAACUCAUUGGCGAUGGUGUAGUCGACGGUUGCACAGCAGCGCUAUCAUACCCCUACGGAGAAUCAGUUGACCUGGUCGAACCACUAUGGCCAGCCGAGGCCAUGAGCAGAGCACUGCAACAGAUAACAAAAGCCGGCAUGCAAUGUGCCAUACACGCCAUUGGAGAUGUGGCCAUCACGCAAGCCAUUGAAGCAAUAGCGAGUACCAACAAUCCCACCGCUCGUCAUAGGAUAGAGCAUCUGGAAAUGGCCACCAUCGAAGACGCUCUCCGACUCGGUGGUCUCGGCAUAACGGCCUCGGUACAGCCUGUCCAUAGUGAUCCCGCCAUUCUCGAAGGAUACUCUAAGCUCGUCAAGCCGUCAGCGUGGGAAAACGUAUUCCCUUAUAAAGAGUGUCUUGAUGGUCACGCAAACGUCGCCAUUGGCACCGAUGCGCCCACAGCCCGACAUUUAUCGUUUCCGAAUUUAUACAACGCGACUACGAGAAAGUCAGCGCUGGAGCCGGAGAUGGACAAAGUUACGAAUGGCAAGAGUGCGCUUACUUUGACGCAGGCUAUGAAGGCUGCAACAUAUGGAGCUGCGUAUUCGAGGUUUGCUGAGAACUGGACAGGAAGUUUGAAAGAGGGACUGAGGGCGGAUUUCAUGAUUUUGCCGGGCAUCCCAGAAGUCCAAGGGCUUUUAGAUGUCAAGGUUGACGAGACUUGGUUUGGGGGGAACAGGGUUUAUGAUAGGGAUGGUAAGUGA